AUGUCUUCCGUGUCUUCCAUUAACUAUCGUUUUGAAAUUCAAAAAGGUGAGACGGAAUUAGAUAGACACGUACCAGGCGAUGGAGGUAUCGAUUGGAUAGGAGGUUGGGGAGGAUAUACAAUAAUCGUUCAAUGUAAAGAUUGUGAUAAAAUUAGGCCUAAGAUUGUGCGUGAAUUUGAAGGAGUAUUAUCACGAUUUGGUAAAAUUGAAACCAUCGGUAUCUUAGUAGCUCCAUCAAUAAAUAACUUUACUCGGAAAUCAAUAGAUAGAUUGAAAUCAUCAGAAUACAAUCUUAUCUUUACAGAUGAACUGAAUUUGAGUUUAGAUUUGUUUCAAUUUGUCAAGAGUAAACAAAUUGAAUCAACUCAAU